AUGGAGGCUGACAAUCAAAUGAACGUAGACACCCCGGAUGAUAAAGUUUACGAAGUUUCACAAGCAAAUGUUUUUGAGAGAAGGCAGCAAAUAAUAAGUCGCAUCGAAGAUGUCCUAAGCGAUCUGAUCAUAGCAAUAAGUCGAAACGAGACACCCAGUCUUGUAUACGCCGAUGGCAAAAGUUCUGGCUGGAGUAGCAACAGCAGCGAGAGCAUGGGUAGUACCGGCAGUGACGGCAUGGGGGAUAGAAGCGAAUCGUCCGAGGACUCGGUUGGGCACGUAAAAAUGCUCAAGUUCAGCGGGAAUGCCACUCGCAAGAGGUUUGCCAUAAUCAUGAGGAUUUUGGAGUAUGUCCACGCGAAACUGAUCGCUAACGUUGACGAAACGAGCGACUCCUUUUACUGCACCAAGAGAGCGUUCUAUUACUCUUUGAAGAACGAGCCUGUCAAACGCUUUCUCGACAAGCCAGAAAAGGUUUAUUUGUGCAUCGGCGAGGUUGCCACGAUGCUCGAUUGCGCGCCUUGGGAAAUUGGAUUCACAACGACGAGUAAAGGCUUGAUCGCUGGUGACCUGAGUCUGUACAUCGAAGACGUAGUGAAGGAUUACGCGCCGCAGAGUUGCCAAGCGGUGCCAGACGUCAUACCUAACGUGACGCGAGUUCGCACGAGCGCCGAGUACGUGCUAGUCGUCGAAAAAGAUUCCGCGUUCCAGAGGCUUUUGGCCGAGGGUUGUCCCGCCUUCAACAAGUGCAUCAUGAUUACUGCCAAGGGCUAUCCUGACAUUCCGUCAAGGAUGAUUGUCAGCUUGCUCUCGGAGAAGGCAGCCUUGCCGGUUUACGCGCUCGUUGACGCGGAUCCUUAUGGUUUCGAGAUAAUGUGCGUUUAUAGAUUUGGAACAUCAAACAAUUCAGGAUUUCGAGAGCAGUUACUUUGUCCUAAAAUGCGUUGGCUUGGCAUUCAUCAAAGAGAUUUGACGUUACUAGGCAUAUCAAGAAUCCCACUGAAAGAAAAAGAUUUGAAGAAAAUCGAAGACUUGUCAAAUCGCUGCUACGUGGGCGUGGAUUUUUCACAACAUUUGAAUGAGAUGAAAUUGGGCAAGGCCGAAAUUGAAAACGUCGACAAGCCAAUGAAACAUUUUUUAUCUGAAUAUUAUAUACCCACUAAAAUUCAGAACAAAAGUUACUUUUAGAGACAAUUUUUAUAUUUGACAAGAAUAUUUUUAUUACUUGUCUUUUCCAGUGCC